CUAGAGAGAAGGGGGAACAGACCCAGAAGAGAGAGGAGAGAGGUCAGAGGCAAUGGCAGUGGGGCGCUGAAGUGGCGAUGGUCAGGAUGGAGGAGGCCGUCGUGAAGCAGGGUUUCCUGCAUUUUCAGCAGCACCAGACCUUUGGCAAGAAGUGGCGCCGGUUCACAGCCGUGUUAUAUGGAGAGUCUGGCUGUGCCCUAGCCAGACUGGAGCUCCAGGAUGGCCCAGAGAAGACGCGGCGAGGAGAGGCCACUCGGAAGGUUGUGCGCCUCAGUGACUGCUUACGGGUGGCUGAGGUAGGCAGUGAGGCCAACAGUCCCCGGGACACCAGUGCCUUCGUCCUGGAGACCAAGGAGCGUCUGUACCUGCUGGCAGCUCCCUCAGCAGAGCGCUGUGACUGGAUACAGGCCAUCUGCCUGUUGGCUUUCCCGGGCCAGAGGAAGGAGCCCCUGGGGCUGGAGGAAAAGACAGACAGACCCUGCAUGGAGGAGAAUGAAUUGUAUAGCAGCUCUACAGCAGGGGUCUCCUGUAAGGAAUACACUGUGACCAUUAGACCUACAGAAGCCAGCGAGCGGUGCCGGCUCCGAGGGUCCUAUACUCUCCGGACCGGGAUGAGCGCCCUGGAGCUAUGGGGUGGCCCUGAGCCAGGCACACAGCUAUAUGACUGGCCCUACAGGUUUCUUCGGCGCUUUGGGAGGGACAAGGUGACAUUUUCCUUUGAGGCUGGCCGACGCUGUGUCUCUGGAGAAGGCAACUUUGAGUUUGAAACAAGACAAGGCAAUGAGAUCUUCCAAGCCCUAGAAGAGGCCAUUGCUGCCCAGAAGAAUGCCACCCCUUCUGGGCCUCCAACCCUGCCAGCCACAGGGUCCAUGAUGCCCGCUGUACUGCCUCGGCCUGAAAGUCCCUAUUCCCGGCCCCACGAUUCUCUGCCUUCUCCUUCCCCCGGCACAUCGGUGCCUGGUAUAAGGCCAGGGGGCCCCGAGGGGGAAUAUGCUGUACCCUUUGAUACAGUGGCUCUCUCCCUGGAGAAGAGCUUCAGGGGCAUCCUGAAAGGGCCUCGACGGCUCCUUCCUGACCCACUAUAUGACAGCAUUCAGGAGGAUCGCGGGGCUCCUCCACCCGACCAUAUAUAUGAUGAGCCCGAGGGCAUGGCUACCCUCUCCCUAUAUGACAGACCGCGGGAGACCCUGGGGGAGACAUGGAGAGAGCAGCCUACUGCUGACGGGGGUCCCAAACCCCUCCAGCAGGAUUCCUCUGUGCCUGGCUGGCCACAGGUAACGGAGUAUGACAAUGUCAUACUUAAAAAAGUCCCAAAGUAAGGGGGUGGCCAAGAGAUGGGAGAUGUGGUCCCAGGGAGGUCUUUGGAAGCGGUGGAGGCUUCUGCUAGAGAUCUCUGGUCUUGGGCCCCAGGCUGUUUACUGUUUGAGUCACCGGUCCUGAGCAGGAAGAGGGCCCUGGAGGGACCCACCCUCCUCCCACGACUUUUCCACUUCCUCCGCCUGCCUUGGGUCUAAAGGGAACUUGGGUCAUUUCUGCUAGGAGACAAAAGGAUUUCCACAGAUACCCUGGUUCCUUGGUUUGUACGGGCCUUAUGUGUACAGACACUCCCUUCCUGGGACAACCCUGGCUUCCAGUUAGCAAGGAAGGUGACUGUUGUCCCCCAGUUUCCCCGAGUUUUCUAGUCAUUAAACUUAUUUU